AUUGACAUUGACAGUUUUCUGUGAGUUGUUUCCUUGUUGUUUCGUGUUAGCGAAAUCUAACGUGUUUUAUCCAGAAAAAGAAGUGAAAAUGGCCACGAUCGAAGAAUUAAAGAAGAAAGUAAAAGAAUUAGAGGCCAAGUUAGCUGAAGCCCAGGGAAAUGUUGCCCCUGCACGCCAGAAAAUCGAUGUUAUGUCGUCCGAAGUUGUCGAUUCCAACCCUUACAGUCGCCUGAUGGCCCUGAAGCGUAUGGGUAUUGUGGACAACUACGAGAAGAUCCGCGAGCUGUCCGUGGCCGUGGUGGGGGUGGGGGGCGUCGGCAGUGUCACCGCUGAGAUGCUCACCAGGUGCGGGAUUGGAAAGCUCAUCCUGUUUGACUAUGACAAAGUGGAACUAGCGAAUAUGAACCGCUUAUUCUUCCAACCACACCAAGCGGGUCUCAGCAAGGUGGACGCGGCUGCUGCGACUUUGCAAAAUAUAAAUCCCGACGUGACGAUAGACGCUUACAACUAUAACAUCACAACGCUGGAUAAUUUCCAGAACUUUUGCGAUACAAUCAGGACAGGAAGUCUGUCCGGGGGUCCGGUAGACCUCGUGCUGAGCUGCGUGGACAACUUCGAGGCUCGCAUGGCCAUAAACACGGCGUGCAAUGAGCUGAACCAGAAAUGGUUCGAGUCGGGAGUCAGCGAGAAUGCUGUCUCUGGUCACAUACAGUUCAUAGUGCCCGGGGAGACUGCUUGUUUUGCUUGUGCGCCGCCGCUGGUGGUGGCUUCGAAGAUCGACGAGAAGACGUUGAAACGGGACGGCGUGUGCGCAGCCAGCCUCCCCACCACUAUGGGGAUCGUCGCAGGAUUCCUAGUGCAAAAUACAUUGAAAUACCUGCUAGGAUUCGGGACGGUGACGCAUUAUUUGGGAUACAGCGCGCUCGCCGAUUAUUUUCCUACCAUGAGUUUGAAACCAAACCCCCAAUGCGACGACAGUCACUGCCGGCUACGUCAAGAGGAGUUCGCGGCGCGGCCGCUGGUGGAGCUCGCCACCGAGGUCAAGGAGGACUCCGCCCCCCUGCACGCCGACAACCACUGGGGGAUCAGUCUUGUCGAUGAGAACUCGCCUGAAGAUGACGACGCUUCCAACUUGAAACUAGUAGAUGGUGUUCAGGUGGCAUAUAGCAUUCCCGUGGACAAUAGCACGCCAGAAUCUAGCACAGGAGGGGCUGUGGCAGCAUCCGAAUUGUCAUUGGAGGAACUCAUGCAACAAAUGAAGUCUAUGUAAACUGUAUUACGUGAUGUUUUAUAGGCGUUUCUAUUAUAUGUGAGCGUAAAUCGACAUCAUAAAUGCUGCCAUGGAUGUAACCUCGAAAUAUGUCAGGUUAUAAUUAAAUUGUGAGCCUAUAUGUGUUAACUUAUGUAUAUUAGAUCAGAUGGUUUAAGUAGGUAUUUAUAAAUUUUUCUAAGUUCGCGAAAAAUCAUUCAAAAUUGACCACAUUUUGAAUCGAGAUUUUUAUAUCAUUUGUAAUUAAAAGCGUAGGUAUAUAUUGAAUGAAAAUUUAAGUGUUCAGUGGAGUUUUUCUAAAGGCAAAAUGUGUAUUUCAUCAGAUAACUAACAAUUUAGCAAUUUUUAACACAUUUCCAAGUUAAGCAUAGGAGGAACUAUCAUUGGUAAAUUUAGAACAACAUAAAAUUAAAGGUGUAAAUUUUAUUGAACGUUAUGUAUGUAUGUUUGUGUCGUGAUAUCUCUUUAGCAAAAUGAUUUGGGGAAAGUUACUUUUAAGUUAUUUAAUUUUGUAUAUGAAAAAACACGAACUAUUUUUCUAUCUAAAUGUCUAUAUGACUAAAAGAUAAUUUAUUAUUGCAUUUUAAUUUGAUCUCUUUGGAUAAAUAUCCGUACAAAUGCAACGCACAGAAAAACAACAGUUUUAUU